AGAUAUUGAUUUGGCGUCCCCGGCGUCGCAGUGACAGACCAGCCAGACGUGGUGCUCGCGCGCACGUUUGACGUUUAACGUCAAAGCGCGUUCUUCCUCCUGUCAAACGUCGAAGGCGCCGCGAGUGAAUGUCAUAGCCGAAUAAAACAUAUCGGCUAAACGUAUAUAUUCGAAGGUGCGAAUCGCAAGAGAGAGAGACGGUUUCCUCGCGCGAGAAUCAAUAUGCGAGAGCGACACGACGGCGGUUCCGUUGACAGCGAAUUCUUGGGCUAAACAAUGGAUCAAUACCGAUACGUUGCGGCGAAGAACGACUCGUAGAAACGACGAGGGCCGCGCCGCAGAAAUCCUCUUCACCGGCGGGAUGGAGAAACCUGACAACCAGCAGAGGACCUGGAAGAAGAAGAGCACCAUGAAAUCAAGCUCGAACACGGAAGCGAUAGCUACCCAGUGCGUGAAGGUCGUCGUGCGAUGCCGGCCCAUGGACGAGCGGGAGAUCGCCCGCAGCUACAGCCGGGUCGUCGACGUGAUCCCGUCCAGGGGCGUCGUCGAGGUGCGACAUCCUCGGGACGAUCCCAGCAGCGAGACCGUGAAGGUGUUCACCUUCGACGCGGUGUACGACUGGAGCUCCACCCAGCAGGAGCUGUACGAGGAGACUGUGAGGCCGCUGGUAUCCUCGGUGCUCGACGGCUUCAACGGCACUAUUUUCGCCUACGGGCAAACGGGCACCGGGAAGACGUACACGAUGGAGGGCUCGAAGGCGGAUCACGAGAGGCGCGGCGUCAUCCCACGCUCCUUCGAGCACAUAUUCAAUCACAUCGGUCGUUCCGAGAACAUGCAGUACCUGGUGAGGGCCAGCUACCUGGAGAUCUAUCAGGAGGAGAUACGCGACCUGCUGCAUCCGGAUCAGAGUCUGCGCUUCGAGCUGAAGGAGAAGCCGGACAUCGGGGUGUACGUCAAGGAUCUGUCGACCGCCGUUUGUAAAAGCGCGACGGAGAUACAGCAUCUGAUGAACGUGGGUAAUCAGAACAGGACCAUCGGCGCGACGAACAUGAACGAGCACAGUUCGCGGUCGCACGCGAUCUUCCUCAUCACGAUCGAGAUGGGUACCAUCGGCGAUUGCGGUGGCAUCAGGGUCGGACGCCUGAAUCUGGUCGAUCUCGCAGGUAGCGAGAGACAGAGCAAGACUGGUUCGUCGGGGGAGAGACUGAAGGAGGCGAGUAAGAUCAAUUUGAGCCUGUCGGCUCUGGGGAACGUCAUCUCGGCCCUGGUGGACGGUAAAACCACCCACGUGCCGUAUCGAGACUCGAAACUGACGAGACUGCUGCAAGAUUCCCUGGGUGGGAACUCGAAGACGAUUAUGGUCGCCAACAUCGGGCCGGCUAGCUACAACUAUGACGAAACCCUGACGACUUUACGGUACGCCAGUCGUGCCAAGAACAUCAAGAACAAGCCUAGGAUAAACGAAGAUCCGAAGGAUGCUUUAUUGAGGCAAUAUCAGGAGGAGAUAGGUCGAUUGCGGGAGAAACUCGCGCAGAAGGGCGGAACGCAGCGGAGGAAGAAAAAGUCGAAAAGAAAGAAGGAGGAUGACGCGAUGGAUUCGGACUCCGAGGACGAUAAUAGUCGCGGCGAGGACAAUAAGACGGCCGAGACCGACAAGAAGCUCAUAGCGGAGCAGUUGAGGGCCGAGAAACAGGAGGCCGAGACUCUCGUUCAGAGAAUAAAGGACCUGGAAAGCAAGAUGCUCUGCGGCGGCAAGAACAUCAUCGAUCACACAAACGAACAGCAGAGGGCGCUGGAGCAGAAGGCGGCCGAGAUUGCGGAACGCAAGAGGCGGGAGGUCGAGAUGCAGCAGAAGCUGGAGGACGAGGAGGUGACGAUGGUCGGCGUUAGGGAGACGUACACCACGUUGCAGCAGGAGGUGGACGUCAAGUCCAGGAAGUUACGAAAGUGCUUCACCAAGCUGCAGGCCCUGAAGCAGGAGCUGGAGGACGUGACCAGCGACUACAACCGGGACAGACGGGACCUGGAGCAGGAGCAGCACGAACUGAUGAAGGAGCUGAAGCUCAAGUACCUCAUAAUCGAGAAUUUUAUCCCCGAGGAGGAGAAGACCAAGAUCCUAUCUAGGAUCCACCUGGACGAGGAGGAGGACUGCUGGAUGAUGAAAGAUCCGGAACCAUCCAGCGUGGACGUCAUCAAGCGACCCACUUCCGUGCCGGGUGCGCGCAGACCCGUCUCGGAGUACGCGAGGAUCGCCCUCGCGAUGGGACGCGGGUGUCGUUACGCCGGCGAUAACAUUCUCAACCUGGACCUCGACAUGCCGGCGCGGACGACGCUGGAUUAUCAGGGACCCGUGAUUGCGCCGACGAUCCAGGCCGUCCUCGAGGAGGCUCUGCGCGACGAGGGCGACAUAGACGUCGACGCGUCGAGUACGAGGCUGAGGACCAGGACGCGCAUGCAGUCCGCCGCCAGGGUCAGGCCGAAGAGCGUCACCAAGAUGCAACAGAUCCCGGCGCCGGUUUACCCCAAAACGAGAGGCCUCGUACCGAAAUAAUUGGAAAGACCCCGUGCGCGAGUACGCACGCUUCUCUUUUAUUUUAGUCGAAAAAGAAAUCACGGAUUAAAAAAAUCAGUUACCAUAGCUGAAUUUUAGGUGGCCCUGAAGUUGCAUCUGAAAUUUAAUUGUCAUAUCGAAAUUUUAGCUCCAUGGUAUAACUAAUAUUUUUAACUAUAAUUUAAGGGUCUUCAUGUUGGAAUUGUCAGAGGCGAGAAAACACACGCUAAACUAAUUGCGAUUAAAAUAAUAAUUU